UCCAAGAUCUCCUUCCUCUGCGCGAGAGAGAGAUCAAAGAAUAGUUUUUCUUCUCUUUUCUGUUGUCCUCCUCUCCUCCUUGCUCCUGGCAUUGAUCGAGAUCUCCUCCUCUCACAGCUCACAGCUAUGGUGAGGAGGCUUCGCCACACAGAGAAAGGGGGAUGGCAAUGGUGGGUUUUAGCCGGCAUUGUAGCAUUGGUGGCUGUUCUAUCCGUUGUCACAGUGUUCGUUGCGCAGCACAAGCACAGACACAAAGGCGGGAGCUCCUCCUCCUCUUCCUCUUCUUCCUCGUCCCCAAUCUCUGGAGGGAAGAUCCCUCCAGCAAAUGCCCAGCCUCCAGCCGCCAGCGUCUCGUAUCCUCCAUCCCAGGACUCCGGAGGCACUGUCUACGCCAAGUACGCGGAGCCACUCAAGAUUUCUCUCCAGUUCUUCGACAUCCAGAAAUCGGGAAAGCUACCCCCAGACAAUCCCAUAGAAUGGCGAGGAGAUUCGGCGCUAUCCGACGGUAGCGAUGCACACGUGGAUUUAAGCGGCGGAAUGUAUGACGCUGGGGACUACAUCAAGUUUGGCUUUCCAAUGGCGUUCACGGCCACCAUUCUUUCGUGGAGCAUUCUCGAGUAUAGGAAGGAGUACACCGCCACGCAGCAACUCCACUCGGUCACUGGAUCGCUCAAAUGGAUCACCGAUUAUCUCAUCAAGGCCCACGCAUCAGAGAACGAGCUCUACUUCCAGGUAGGAAGCCCAAGGCUGGAUCACGCAUGCUGGGAGAGAGCCGAGAAGAUGGACACUGCUCGCCCGUCUUUCAAGCUGGAUCCAUCACACCCAGGGACCGAGGUGGCGGCCGAGACGUCGGCGGCCAUGGCAGCAGCCUCGCUCGUGUUUCGAAACGAUGACCCCUCGUACGCACAAACUCUCCUCUCACACGCAACGCAGCUCUUCGCCUUUGCAGACAAGCAUCGUGGAUCUUACACCGCCAGCUUUCCAUCCGAUCAGCUGUACUAUAACUCUACGGGCUUCGAGGACGAGCUCCUCUGGGCCGCUUCGUGGAUGUUUUACGCGACCAAGGACUCAAAGUACCUCGCCUACGCGACUGGAAAGCUGGCACAGCUAAGCGCCGGAUGGGAGAAAGCUCCUGCUUGGUUUAGCUGGGAUGACAAGAAACCGGGCAUUCAGGUGCUGCUAUCGCGACACUAUUUGUUUGAGCCGGAGGAGAGUGAUGUAAUGGUGAGAAGCUCGCUGGUGAAGUAUGGCAAGACUGCCGAACACCUGGUCUGUGCGUUUCUUCCACAGUCUCCCACUGCUAGCACGAACAGGAGUACCGGUGGAUUGCUGUGGGUGAGCCAAAGGAACGCUGUCCAGCACGCCGUUGGCUCGGCUUUCCUAGCGGUCGUGUACGCGGACUAUCUUUCGAGCUCGGGAGUUAAGCAGUUCCGGUGUUCCGGGAACAGCUUCGCGGCCAAAGAUCUUCGGGCGUUUGCGGCUUCACAGGCCGAUUACAUCUUGGGAGAGAACCCCAUGUCCAAGAGCUACCUCGUUGGAUAUGGCGCAAACUUUCCACAGCAGCUCCAUCACAGAGAAGCAUCCAUACCUCUGGACGCAGCGACUGGGUGCAAAGAUGGAUUCCGGUGGCUCCACGCUUCUGCUCCAAAUCCACACGUCGCCACCGGAGCUCUGGUCGGAGGGCCCUUUCAAAACGAUAGCUACUCCGACUUGCGAGACAACACAAUGCAAAACGAGGCCACCACUUACAAUUCGGCCGCCAUGUCUGCGCUGCUCGUGGCUUUGUAUGCUAAUGGUCCGAUACUUCCAACAGCACUUUAAAGAGAUUUGUCAAAAGGCUUUAGUUUCAAUGGGAAUUUUUUUUCUUUUUCUUU